AUACUUUUCAGAGGAGUUGUGGAACUUCUCAACGCUGAAGAUGUUCAUAAGAUACUACACUUCGAGGUGACGGCCAAGACGGGAAGCCGACCUGCCAAGAGGGCUAAGCCUAAGAAGCGUUCUAGAACGCAGAGUGCCGAGGAGGAGGGUGAGGGAGAGGAAGCAGCGGAGGGCAUUAUACGGCAACGAGAUGACUUCUAUCAGAACUUCCUUACAGACUAUAACAUGACGAAACUAUUGGAACCAUCUCGAGGAUGCUUCAUUGAAGCUGUUGAGAUACUUCGGUUGCUGAGCCCAGCGGCAUACAAGCAUGUUAAGGAUAAAGUGGUACGGUUCGUGAAGUCCACAUCAUCUAAAUCUACGAAGAAGGUUGAGGUUGAUGAUGGAGAGGAUCAGAAUUACUAUUAUGGUAUGCUAAGGUUGGCCUCUGCAUGGGAUGUGUCGAAGGAUGCCAUAACCAACCUAGCUAAGCGUAUCUCAGCGUGCUCUACCAUCAUUAACAGCAAAGCUGACGUGAGGCGUCAGGUGGAGGUUGUCAAUAACAGCCUAAAGGCUCUCAAUGGCCCUCUGAGAGCUAUACUGGAUCUCAGGCUUCCAUCUGAGUAUCUCCUACCUCUACAGGACCCGGCUGUAGAGCUCAUACAAUCUUUGGUGGUGUUUGCUGUUAUACUGAUCACUGCUGGACUUAUGUUACAGGUCGAUCGCCUACCCUUUGGUCUUCCUAUUGAAGCCCAAGGCGACAUAUGCUCAGCCUUCUCCCUCGCCAUAUACACUCUUCUUAGCGUUCGUCUCCAAGCCGCCCAUCCA